AUGAGCAGAAGUAAAGAAACUAUCCAAAGUGUCAUUGUUGGUUCAAGCAUUGCUGCUUUAGCAGGAGCUACAACAGGUGCAACUGCAGCUGUCUUGAAGAAUGCGCCUGUAAAGCAAUGGACAUUGUCAACAGGUUUAAAUUGUGGCAUAUUUGGUGCAACUUUCUUUUUGGAUUCUGAAACAAAAGAUUUUGAUGCAUUAUUUAGUAGUACAAUGGCAGGUGCAACUACGGGCGGUUUACUUUCGGCUGCUUAUCGUGGACCAAAGACAGUUGUGUCAGGUGCAGUUAUGUUUGGCGCUAUUUGUUCUGUUCUUCAAGUCAUCUAUACAGCAGGUAAUCAUUGGCGUCAGGAAUCUAUUCUAAAGGGGGCUGGAUUCAAUGAUCGUUUACGGACUAGUAAAGAAGAGAUAAAAGAGGAAGCAUAUAGCUUUUUAAAUCAUAUUCAUAUGCCUAGCUGGUUUCCUAUACAUCGACUUUCUGAACAAGAAUAUAAUGAAUUAUUAGAUACCAGACUACAUACUUUAGAAGCUGAAUUAGCUGAAUUAGAGAGAAAAUUACAACGAGAAAAUAAAAAUAAGUAA